AGAUGAUGGCGGCGGCGGCGGCGGCCCGAGUGGUGGUGUUACCCGCGGUGCGGCGGAGGCUCUGCGGUUUCACCGAGAGGCUCCUGGCCGGAGGUGCUGCCGGGCGGUCACUAUAUUUUGGAGGAAACAGAUUGAGAAGUACACAGGCUGCUACACAAGUUGUUCUGAAUGUCCCUGAAACGCACGUAACCUGUUUGGAGAAUGGACUCAGAGUGGCCUCUGAAGACUCUGGGCUCUCAACAUGCACAGUUGGGCUCUGGAUUGAUGCUGGAAGUAGAUAUGAAAAUGAGAAGAAUAAUGGAACAGCUCACUUUCUGGAGCAUAUGGCUUUCAAGGGCACCAAAAAGAGAUCCCAGUUAGAUCUGGAACUUGAGAUUGAAAACAUGGGUGCUCAUCUCAAUGCCUAUACCUCCAGAGAGCAGACUGUAUAUUAUGCCAAAGCAUUCUCUAAAGAUUUGCCAAGAGCUGUAGAAAUUCUUGCUGACAUAAUACAAAACAGCACAUUGGGAGAAGCAGAGAUUGAACGUGAACGUGGAGUAAUCCUUAGAGAGAUGCAGGAAGUUGAAACCAAUUUACAAGAAGUUGUUUUUGAUUAUCUUCAUGCCACAGCUUAUCAAAAUACUGCACUUGGACGGACAAUUUUGGGACCAACUGAAAAUAUCAAGUCUAUAAAUCGUAAGGACUUAGUGGAUUAUAUAACCACACAUUAUAAGGGGCCAAGAAUAGUACUUGCUGCUGCUGGAGGGGUUUCCCAUGAUGAACUGCUUGAGUUAGCAAAGUUUCAUUUUGGUGACUCUUUGUCCACACACAAAGGAGAAAUACCAGCUCUGCCUCCCUGCAAAUUCACAGGAAGUGAGAUUCGAGUGAGGGAUGACAAGAUGCCUUUGGCACAUCUUGCAAUAGCUGUUGAAGCUGUUGGUUGGGCACAUCCAGAUACAAUCUGUCUCAUGGUUGCAAACACACUGAUUGGCAACUGGGAUCGCUCUUUUGGAGGAGGAAUGAAUUUAUCUAGCAAGCUGGCCCAGCUCACCUGUCAUGGCAACCUCUGCCAUAGCUUCCAGUCUUUCAACACUUCCUACACAGAUACAGGAUUAUGGGGAAUCUAUAUGGUUUGUGAACCAGCCACUGUUGCAGACAUGCUACAUGUUGUUCAGAAAGAAUGGAUGCGACUCUGUACAAGUGUCACUGAAAGUGAAGUUGCACGAGCCAAGAAUCUUCUGAAAACAAACAUGUUGCUGCAACUUGAUGGUUCCACUCCCAUCUGUGAAGAUAUUGGUAGGCAAAUGUUGUGCUAUAAUCGAAGAAUUCCCAUCCCUGAGCUUGAAGCAAGAAUUGAUGCUGUAAAUGCUGAGAUAAUUCGAGAAGUGUGUACCAAAUAUAUUUAUGAUAAGAGUCCAGCUGUUGCUGCUGUUGGUCCCAUUGAGCAGCUGCCAGAUUUUAACCAGAUUUGCAGUAACAUGUGCUGGCUUCAUGAUUAAAAUGCUCCUAAUAAACAUAUUUUGAACAUACAUAUUUAUAAAACCGAGACCUGCAAGUCCUAAAGAAAAAAAAAUGAACAUCUAUACUGGUAAAUAUGAAUGAAAUACUAUCUCAGACUUUGAAAGAAUAAGACCACCACAA